AUGGUGAAAUCAACUCAGAUUGCAAGGAUUGACAGCUUGAUGCUGGCCGCCUCGGUGGAUGAUGAGCAGGCCGAGAGUGAUCUGGCAGAGAUUAAGAACCAAGCUAAAAUGAUAUUUCGGCGCCUAAAUCGCAAUGCUGCGCCACAAGCAAGCAUUGAGUCGGGCCAAUACAACCUCCACUAUUUGAUCAAGGAUGACAUUUGCUUCCUGUGCAUUUGUGACCGCUCCUAUCCUCGCAAGCUCGCAUUCACCUAUCUCGCUGAUCUGGCCUCCGAAUUCACGACCACCUACUCCCCCUCACAAUACCAAUCCCCCAACCUCCGCCCCUAUGCAUUUGUCGAAUUCGACACCUUCAUCCAGCGCACAAAAAAGCUUUAUCAGGAUAGCCGUGCCUCAGGGAAUCUCGAUAAGCUGAACGACGAGCUGCGUGAUGUCACCCAGGUUAUGACCAAGAAUAUCGAAGACUUGCUGUACCGAGGAGAUAGUCUGGAGCGUAUGGGCGAGCUGUCCGGCCGUUUGCGGGAGGACAGCAAGAAGUACCGGAAAGCAGCAGUCCGCAUCAACUGGGAGUUGUUGGUGAAGCAGUACGGACCUUUCAUUGGCCUCGGACUUGUGAUUUUCAUCUUCCUUUUCUGGCGAUUCUUCUGA